GUGAGUGAGUAAAACACCUCACAAAACAAACACACACAACACGGAUCACAUAAAUUCAAGUUGCACUGAUCAAAACAGAAAGUUUUCUACGAGUUCGAACGCACGAUUAUCGCUGGCGCAACAUUAGUUUUGAGUUGGCUACCAACGCGAGCGGGUCAUUCUCUUUGCAAGCGACACACAUUUAGAAUCUUAAGGAUACUCCGAACGAAAUAAAUUUAUAAAUAUUUUAUUACAAUUUUUUCACAACUGUCUUUUUUUAAUUUGUUGUUAAAUUCAAUGAGCAAUUUUUAUUGAAAAUUACUUUUCUCAAAACCCCCUCCCCCAACAAAAACAACAACAACAACAACACUAAAACAAUAAACUAGAGAAUAUUCAGAAUUUGUUCAACAACUGCGAUUUUUUUUUUGUUAAAAGUAGUUCAUAAUUAGUUUAAAACUCCCUCUAAAAUAAACAAAAUAAUCAAGAAAUAUAUAAUUUAACAAAUUACAAAAACAAAAUAAUAAUAAUAAAAAUAAAAAUUGAAAAGAAACGAAUAAUUUUUUAACGGUUAAAACGUCAUUUUAAAUACAGUAACACGAAUUCAAAAUGAUGAUGGAGAACGGUCUCUCCAUGGAGUAUGGAGAUGGUUAUAUGGAACAGGAAGAGGAAUGGGAGCGUGAGGGACUUUUGGAUCCUGCCUGGGAGAAACAACAAAAGAAGACAUUUACAGCUUGGUGCAACAGUCAUUUGCGUAAAGCUGGCACCGGCAUCGACAAUAUCGAAGAUGACUUCCGUAAUGGUUUGAAAUUGAUGUUGUUGCUGGAAGUUAUCUCCGGCGAAACUUUGCCCAAGCCCGACCGUGGUAAAAUGCGUUUCCAUAAAAUUGCCAAUGUCAACAAAGCCUUGGACUUUAUUGCCUCCAAAGGUGUACAUUUGGUAUCGAUUGGUGCCGAAGAAAUUGUCGAUGGCAAUUUAAAGAUGACACUUGGUAUGAUCUGGACCAUCAUCUUGCGCUUUGCCAUUCAAGAUAUCUCUGUUGAAGAGAUGACCGCCAAGGAGGGCUUGUUGUUGUGGUGCCAACGCAAAACCGCCCCCUACAAGAAUGUCAACGUACAGAACUUCCAUCUUUCAUUCAAGGACGGUUUAGCCUUCUGUGCUUUGAUCCAUCGCCACAGGCCCGACUUGAUUGACUAUUCCAAACUCUCCAAAGACAAUCCAUUGGAAAAUCUCAACACUGCCUUCGAUGUUGCUGAGAAAUAUCUAGAUAUUCCUAGAAUGUUGGAUCCUGAUGAUUUGAUCAACACUCCUAAGCCGGAUGAACGUGCUAUUAUGACAUAUGUCUCUUGCUAUUACCACGCCUUCCAGGGAGCUCAACAGGUUGGAAAUGUGACGCAUGUACCCGAACCCACAAGACAAUACACCUACGUCCCGAAUAAUUACAAUGCGGAAACUGCUGCUAAUCGCAUUUGCAAAGUUUUGAAAGUCAACCAGGAGAAUGAACGUCUUAUGGAAGAGUAUGAACGUCUUGCCAGCGAUCUAUUGGAAUGGAUUCGCCGCACUAUGCCUUGGUUGAAUUCUCGCCAGGCUGAUAACUCUUUGGCUGGUGUUCAAAAGAAAUUGGAGGAAUACCGUACCUACCGUCGCAAGCACAAGCCUCCACGUGUUGAACAAAAAGCUAAGCUCGAAACUAAUUUCAACACUUUGCAAACAAAAUUGCGCCUCUCUAAUCGUCCCGCCUACUUGCCCACUGAAGGUAAAACCGUUGGUGAUAUCUCCAAUGCCUGGAAGGGCUUGGAACUCGCCGAAAAGGCAUUUGAAGAAUGGCUUUUGGCUGAAACUAUGCGUUUGGAACGCUUGGAGCAUUUGGCCCAAAAAUUCAAGCACAAGGCCGAUGCCCACGAAGAUUGGACUCGUGGCAAGGAGGAGAUGUUGCAAUCGCAAGAUUUCCGUCAAUGCAAAUUAAACGACUUAAAGGCUUUGAAGAAGAAGCACGAAGCUUUCGAAUCCGAUUUGGCCGCUCACCAGGAUCGUGUUGAGCAAAUUGCUGCCAUUGCCCAAGAGCUCAACACUCUUGAGUAUCACGAUUGCAUCUCUGUGAAUGCUCGUUGUCAACGCAUUUGCGAUCAAUGGGAUCGUUUGGGUGCUUUGACUCAACGUCGUCGCACCGCUUUGGAUGAAGCUGAGCGUAUUUUGGAGAAAAUCGACAUUUUACAUCUUGAAUUCGCCAAGCGUGCCGCUCCCUUCAACAACUGGUUGGAUGGCACUCGCGAAGAUCUUGUGGAUAUGUUCAUUGUCCACACCAUGGAAGAAAUCCAAGGUCUCAUUCAAGCUCACGAUCAGUUCAAGGCCACUUUGGGCGAAGCCGACAAGGAAUUCAAUUUGAUUGUCAACUUGGUGCGUGAAGUUGAAUCGAUCGUUAAACAACAUCAAAUCCCUGGUGGUUUGGAGAACCCCUACACCACUCUUACCGCCAACGAAAUGACUCGCAAGUGGAGCGAUGUUCGUCAAUUGGUGCCACAACGUGACCAAACUUUGGCCAACGAAUUGCGCAAACAACAAAACAACGAAAUGUUGCGCAGACAAUUUGCCGAAAAGGCCAACGUUGUCGGUCCCUGGAUCGAACGCCAAAUGGAUGCUGUCACCGCCAUCGGCAUGGGUCUCCAAGGUUCAUUGGAAGAUCAAUUGCACCGUCUCAAGGAGUACGAACAAGCAGUGUACGCUUACAAACCCAAUAUUGAAGAAUUGGAGAAGAUCCAUCAAGCCGUCCAAGAGUCGAUGAUCUUUGAAAAUCGUUACACCAACUACACCAUGGAGACUCUCCGCGUCGGUUGGGAACAAUUGCUAACCUCCAUUAACCGCAAUAUCAACGAGGUUGAGAACCAAAUCCUCACCCGUGAUUCUAAGGGCAUCAGUCAAGAGCAAUUGAACGAAUUCCGUUCCAGCUUCAACCACUUUGAUAAGAACCGCACUGGUCGUUUGACCCCCGAAGAAUUCAAGUCCUGCCUUGUCUCAUUGGGCUACUCCAUCGGCAAGGAUCGUCAAGGUGAAAUGGACUUCCAACGUAUCUUGGCUGUCGUUGAUCCCAACUCGACUGGCUAUGUGCACUUCGAUGCCUUCCUUGACUUUAUGACACGCGAAAGCACCGACACCGAUACUGCCGAACAAGUUAUUGAUUCAUUCAGAAUCUUGGCAGCCGACAAGCCAUACAUCUUGCCCGAUGAAUUGCGCCGUGAAUUGCCACCAGAUCAAGCUGAAUACUGCAUUCAACGUAUGCCACCAUACAAGGGACCCAACGGUGUACCCGGUGCCCUCGAUUACAUGUCAUUCAGUACAGCUUUGUACGGUGAAACCGAUUUGUAAAGAAACCCACUCAUGUGCCACAAAAUACAAAUUUAUUCUAUCACUCAACUCAAAUACAAUUCACCAAUCACUACUGACUACUUAACAAAGAGUGAGAGCGACCGACGGACCGUUCGAUUGGCCUACAACCAACCUCUAUAAACUAUAAUGUUUAAGUUAAAUUGCAAAAAAAAAACGUCUAUAUAUUGUUUCUUUGUUUAAUACUAACCCGCCCAAUAAUUCAUUUUUUUACGUUACAUUUGUUUUCGAGAUGCAAAAACUAAAUGUCCUUUAAAUACUAACACCCACCCCAAAUCCAAAGCAAAGUUACGCAAAAUACGCAAAAUUUGAUUAACAAACUACUACAAUUAUCGAUUUAAAGGCACUACAAAAUCAAUCAAACCCACCACUACUUAACAUCCACAUUAAGUUCCCCACAAUUAACCGAACAAUAUCCGCAUCGUAUCAUCUGUUUAUCAAUCAGUACACACAUGCAUAUCGUUGCAAAUAAAUAAUUAUGGGAGAGUUUUUAACAACAAACAGCAACAACAUCGACUGCAAAAUAUAGAGAGAGAACUAACUCGGCCUAUUUAUUAUUUAUUUACUAAAUUUUAUCAAUUACAUAUUUAUUUACUAUUCAUUUUCUGUUCGUACUUAAGAUGAAACUCAACUUGUGGAGAAUUUAAUGAAAUGUUCCAUUUACACUGCUCUGCUCACUGUUUUAAUGUUAAUGUUUUCAAUUCCUGUUUAGUUUUUACCGAUUUAUAAACAAGAAUUGACACCAACGACAACAAAUGACGGGCAUUGUGAAUGGGACCACAACAAGGUUUUUAGCAUAAAAGCAAAGGGAAGAAAUUUUAGUUAAUAUUAUUAAAUCACAUUUAUAAUACAUACUAUUUUAAAUAUAAAAUUCAUAUACUACAUACAUACGUACAUAUGUAUGUAUAUAUACAUAUAUAUAUAUAUAUAAAUAAAUAAAUAUACGAAUGUUUGAAGGCGAAAGGGAGCGCUAAACAACAUCCACAACAACAAAAUUUUAAUUCUAAAUAUUUUUAUUUCAACAUUUUCAUCUGAGAUGAAUCUUUUAAAUAAGAAUAUUAUACUAAACUUUGAUAUUUUUAUGGUUUUAUUUUAUUAUUAUUUUUUUAUAUAAAUAUUUGUUUUAUUUAAUAUUAUUAUGAUUUUUGUUAAAUUAAUUAUUAAUUUAUUAUAACAAUUAUAUUAUUAUUAUUAUUACCCGCCCAUAUAAUUUUCAUCUUAAUUUGAUUCCUUUAGUUUCUUUGUUUUUAUUUUUUUAGUUUUGCAUAUAACAAUAUCAUUACGAUUAUUAUAUAUUUUUUUUAUUUAAAUUAUCUUUACUUAAAAACAAAACAAAAAUUUAUUUAAUAUUUUUUUAAAAUAAGGCAUAAUAAUACUACUACUAUUAUUACUUGAUACUAUUAUAAUAUAAUAUUUAAAAAAAGAGAGAGUAAAUUAUUUUAUUACUAUAAAAAUAAUAAUAAUAAUACAUAUUAAUAACAACAACAACAACAUAAACAAUUUAUGAAGAACACCAAAUCUAUUAAAGAAUAGAAGAAAGAAAAACAUCAACAAUCUAUGUAAAAUGUCGAAUGAUACAAUAACCAACUGAAUCAUUUUAAUAAAAAAAACUAUUUACAAAACACAAUUAAAAAAAAAACAA